AUGAACCGAGCAAAGUACAAAGAGAUCCUUGAUAACCUGCUCAGGACCUCAGACUUGGGCGAAGUCAAGGGACCCCUCUCCAUGGCAACUGUAAAUGAAAACAUCCUGAAAGGGGCUUCAGUGAGUGGCGGAUUCUGGGCCCUGGCUGCAUUGUCCUGGAUGUUCGUCCAGAGACAGAGUCGGUGCUCUCUGAGGGGACGAGGGUGUGUGCCUACUGGAGCGAACGCUCUCGCUGCCUAUACCCAGGCAACAUACGCCAAGCGGCCGGGCGGCUCGGAGGAGCUUCAGUUUGGAAAAAGCUCCCUGAGUGAGAGAGUCUCGGAGAGACAGGCCAGCACAGAGCCUGCCAGGAGACGACCAGGGAGACCCAAAGGUUCAGGGAAGAAGAAGAACCUGUCAGACAGCACCAAUAAGAACGCAGCCCCUCUGCUCAGCUGGCCGGCUGUGGCUGUCCCCAGGAAGAGGGCCUGUGAAAAUCUGUUCCAGCUCAACGGGACUCCCAGGAAGGCCCUGAGGGGGACGAGGGAGGCACACCUGUUCCCCCUGCCCCCGGCCCCUGUCUCUACACCGACCAAGGGCCUGUUCAGCAGCAGCUCCUUCGAGGUUGACUCCUUCAGCAGCAUCGCUAACGGCUACUCCUCCUUCUGUAGCACCCAGCCCACCGGCAUGUCCCUGGGUUCCAGGACCGGGCCCUAUGUCCAGAGACGGAGGCCCGGCGAGGUGCCGCGGAGCAGCAGGAAGAGCAGUCAGGAGUUCCUGGUCAAACUGGAUCACGAGGGGGUGACUUCACCCAAGACGAAGAACAGCAAGGCCCUGUUGCUGCUGGGCGGUGGCUCUGGGUUCGGGGCCAAAGGCGUGGGCGGCCUCCCCAGGCCUGAGGCCUACUCCCACCCAGUCCUGCUGGUCAAGGACAACAGGAAGGGAGUUUCUACCUCAAGGGCUGAGCUCCUCCUUAAGGGUGCCCCUCCUCCACAGAGGAAGGCUUCUCCCUCCCUGGCUAUUGGGGAGUACGGUGUCGGCGAGCUUGGUCUCAGCUGCCAUCGGGACUGCCACAGCUCCUACUCAGACCUGGACAAUGAAGAGGAGGAGGAGAGGAGGAGGAGAAGGGGGGCUGCGCUGGCCACAGCAGCCUCUGGAGGACUGAGGACGGCGGGAAGCUUUCUCUCGCGCCUCUCCGUCUCAUCCUCUUCCUCUGGUUCCUCAAGUUCGUCCAGCUCAGGCUCCAUGUCCAGUUCCAGCCUGUGCUCCUCGGAUAACGACUCGUCCUACAGCUCGGAGGAUGAGGAGAGCUCCACGCUGCUGCUACAGAGCUGCCUGUCCUCCCACCAUGGCCUGCUGCAGUCCCCUGAGCCCCCGGCUGCAGCCGGACCCCACCAGGGCCAACAGUCCUUCGUGGCCAAGGCCGUGGCCGUAUCCAACACCAAGGCAGGAGGAGCCACCAACGACCACAGUGCCAACAACAAGCUUCUCAAAAGGAAGGAGUGUAGCAGCUCGUCCCCCUCCAAACCCCCCAGAGACCUGGUGAAGAGGCAAAGGGUUAUCCCUGGUGAUGCAGGACCAAGACCCAAGAUGAACACGUUCCUACCGGGAAGACAGAUGUGGCGGUGGUCGGGGAACCCCACUCAAAGGCGGGGGCUGAAGGGGAAGUCCAGGAAGCUGUUCUACAAGGCCAUCGUACGGGGAAGGGACACGGUGCGAGUGGGCGACUGUGCCAUGUUCCUCUCUGCCGGCCGGCCCCACCUACCCUACGUGGGCCGCAUCGAGAACUUCUGGGAAUCCUGGAGCGCCAACAUGGUGGUGAAGGUCAAGUGGUUCUACCACCCAGAGGAGACCAAGUUGGGCCAGAGGCACCGCGACAGCAAGCACGCUCUGUAUCAGUCGUGCCACGAGGACGAGAAUGACGUCCAGACAAUCUCCCACAAGUGCCAGGUGGUGAGCCGCGAGGAGUAUGAGCACAUGGCCCGCGGCCAGAAACCCAGCAGCAGCGUGACCACCCAAGGCCUGUACUAUCUGGCUGGCACCUAUGACCCCACCAGCGGUCAACUGCUCACUGCUGAGGGGGUGGCCAUCGUCUGCUGAGCUGAGGACAUCUUGUCCUAAGGAUACUACUGAACCACCCAUCUGAUGGGAAAUGAAGGUGAAGGUCCCCGCAGCUUUGCCUGAAGGACCCCUGGUCUGAUUCAGUCCGUAGGAGGGUUCCCAGAUGGGUCAGUCCUGGAGGAAGUGAAGGUCGAGGUGCCUGUGGCUUUGCCUGAAGGACCCCUGGCCUGACUCAGUCCGUAGGAGGGUUCCCAGAUGGGUCAGUCCUGGAGGAAGUGAAGGACCCCUGGCCUUAGUCAGUGCUGACUAGUGGUGGACGUCAGGGCCAAGGCAGGGCUGUCCCCUGUCUACACUGGAUAUCUCAACACACAUGGCUGCUAGACUAGGGUGUAGUUAGAAGAAGGGGAGGGGGUAGCCAUUCACAGCAGUGAACCCCAUUCUGCUCCCAUCCUCACUGGGUGAAGACAAGGAUCUGGGUCCUGAACAACCGCAAUCCAGGAGGUCAAUGACACCCGACUGACUUUCCAUUGGUCCAACUUAACAUCUCUUUAGUUUAGACUGAGGAUGGCAUGUUUGAGGGACUGUUUCACACCUCAUCUUUACACCACUCACCCAUCAUAGGUCACCAAAUUAGAGCUGAACAUAGGUUUGGAUUGGACAGCUCAAUGCACCAUUAGGUCGCUCCGGACCAGGCCUGUGGUUGCCUCAUUUCAGCUGAGUGCGUGAGUGAGUGAGGUAUGGGAUGUACUCUCCAUAGUUCGUCUUCAUGAUUCCAGGGAUGAUAAAAUAUGUAUAAGAUAUCCAUGAUAAAGAUGUAAAUAUUUGGGAUGAUUUUUCCAGUCAAGCCAUACACUUCAGUACCUCUUGUCUCUCUUAUGGAUCAGGUGUAUACUGUACAGGUCAGUUAUCUGUUCUUUUUUUGUUGUUGUCUAUAUGUAUAUAACAACUAUUUUAUAUACAAGUAUAUAUGAAAGGUAUCUUUCAAUGUUUUUUUAUUGAUUUAUUUUUCUAUGGAGGGGUGAAUAUGGCUCUUUGUGUUUUUCUUUGGGACGAUGAGCUGAAGAUGUAAAAGUGUUGCACUACACAUGACCUGCUGAGACAGACAGACAGACAGACAGACAGGCAGGCAGGCAGACAUACAGACAGACAGACAGACAGACAGACAGACAGACAGACAGACAGACAGACAGACAGACAGACAGACAGACAGGCAGGCAGGCAGAGAGAGAGAGAGAGAGCACAGAAAUGAGAGAAGGAUCUGACAGGAGAGGUCUCAUUCUCUCAGAGAGAGAGAGAGAGAGAGAGAGAGAGCACAGAAAUGAGAGAAGGAUAUGACAGGAGAGGUCUCACUCAGAGAGAGGAACCAUCCUGUUGAAGUGUAAAUGUGUCCUUAAAUGUGUUACUUUCCACAUGUGAUAUUUUGUUUUAUAACCAUCUUUAUUUAUGUACCUUGCAGUGGUUCCUCGCUACAUAGCAGAUCCACGUGGACUGCAUUCACGGGUUACAAAAGAAUACUAUUAACAAGUGAGAAAUAGAGAUAUUUACAUAUAUUUAUUUUGAUUGGUAUUGAAAUCCAUUCUAAUAUUGCCCUGGCAUCACUUUAACGAUGCCAUUGUGGCUCUCCACAUCAUUCAAUUCAAAAGGAGUUGGUCUGCGUAUGCAGGUGUAUAGAAGCGCUAUACUUCAAGUACACAUUUGGACCUGUAAAAACCAAAGCUUCUACUCUGUAAGAUCUUCAUGAAGUACUAUGGAAGUAGUACUUACUAUGAACAUCAAGCAGCUGUGUUAUUCAGAGAUCCCUGGGAACUUAAUCAUCAAACUGUUUCUCACUCUGAGAAUACAAGACAUCCCCCUAUGUGCAUAUAUGGCUUUGCUUUGUGACAAUGGGUUUUGUUGCACACGUACCUGUAGCUCUGUGAGGUCCAAAGUCCCUGUGGCCAAAAUUCAUCAGUGACCUGAAACAGGUGGCUGAUAAAGGUCAUACCAAGGUCAAGGUACUGUCAACAUCAAAAAAAAGGUUGAAUAUUGACAAUUUGUUGAAGAUUCGUCAGUUGGGUUUAUUGAUUAAUUAAUAGACAUGCCUCUGAAUUAGGAACACACAUGCACUCAAUGUUAACGGUGAAGGACAAUCAAAUUCACAAAGCAAUGGAUAUAGUUUAAAAGUCUCACUUAAUCAAAAUAUUGCUUUGAAAUGUUUUAUUUUAUUUUGUGCCAAAUACAUGUUUGUCUCAGCCUCUGUCGUUUUGAUAUGUAAAUCCUGACUGUUAUGUUCUUACGAAGUUUUAUUUGCUCAUCAUCAACCUUUAUUUAUUGUCAAUGUUGCUGUUUGCUCGUCAAGCCAUGAGCUCUCUAUGACAACGUGACGUUGUUUCUCCAUGUGAUGUCACAUUUGGUUUAGUUAAUAACAGUUUGGUCUUUGAAGAGGCUGCGCAGUAAACAGGAAUACAGGAACACUGGAUUAUUCUCAUCCACAAACCUCUCUGAAUAACUUCCUGUUUGGACCGGACCCUCCUGCUCUCUGUCUGCGGUGGCGCGACUGACUACAUCGCAGACGUUUCAUUGCAUCAACCAAUAGUUAUGCGCCACAGUCCGACAUCAGAUUGCUAUGUCGUAUGAUGUGGUUAGCAGAUAUGUUAACACACGAGUGUUGGGAUAUGGCAGGCGUCUGCAAUUUAGUCAGGCAGGAACGCCACCUAUGACUCUGCACCCCGGGUUAGAUCCCGGGCUGUAUCACAACCGGCCGUGAUCGGGAGUCCCAUAGGGCGGCGCACAAUUGGCCCAGUGUCGUCCGGGUUAGAGGAGGGUAUGGCCGGUGUAGGCCGUCGUUGUAAAUAAGAAUUGGUUCUUAACUGACUUGCCUAGUUAAAUAAAGGUUCAAAUAAGAAGGAAAAGCUCCAUCUCAGGGUCCUCAUUGUCUGUGACCCUAACUUCCUGAAAGAUUGACCUCCCAUUUGUUUCAAGCAACAUUUUUAACUGUCUAAGGCCGAGAUGUGUGUGUUUGUGUGGCGGGAUGUUUGUGUGUGUGUGUGUGUAUUUGUAUGUGCAUGCGUAUGUAUGUUUUGUGUGUGUUUGUAUGUGCAUGCAUAUGUAUGUUUGCGUGUGUGCGUAUGUUUGUAUGUGCAUGCGUAUGUAUGUUUGCGUGUGUGUGUGUGUGUGUUUGUAUGUGCAUGCAUACGGAUGUUUGUGUGUGUGUGUGUUUGUAUGUGCAUGCGUAUGUAUGUUUGCGUGUGUGUGUGUGUGUGUUUGUAUGUGCAUGCAUACGGAUGUUUGUGUGUGUGUGUGUGUGUUUGUAUGUGCAUGCGUAUGUAUGUUUGCGUGUAUGUGUGUGUGUUUGUAUGUGCAUGCAUACGGAUGUUUUGUGUGUGUGUGUGUGUGUUUGUAUGUGCAUGCGUAUGUAUGUUUGCGUGUGCUUGCGUGCAAGAUACUGCAUGCCUGUUAAAAAAAGGCCACUGGAUAUGAUGAAAUUAGAAUGUAGUUUUGGAACUCCCGUGUCUUCACGUAUAACGAGAGAGACAGCCUUAGCAUUUUGUUUGGAGGCCAGGUGCUAUACUAAGAUGGCUCAGAGAAGUUGCAUUGAAGUUCAGUGAUUGGGCAGAAUAUUGCAAAGGCUCAUGGGCCAAAGAAAAUCAGGAUGCAGGAGCAUCUUUCUUUUCAACACACUUUUGGUCAUAUAAGGGAAGGUAAAUAUAAGGUGUGAAAGGUAUGCAGUCUCUGAUAGAGUUGUUAUGGUAAAUAUUAACAUCAUGUUGACACAUGAUGUUUAAUAUGAUGAUUAUUAUUUUAAUAUUGUGAUGUUGAAUUAUCUCCUGCUAUCAAUGUUAUAAAGACAUGUAGAUGUGCAAGUUUGGGGUAAAUGUUUUACAAAUAAAUACUUUCAUAAUAUAAAUCUGUCAAAAAUGUUUUAGUAUCAAGAUUUUUUUAUCUGGGUUAUGAAUAAAUAUCACAACUUAAAACAACGUA